UCAUGUCAACCACGUUCCUAAUAACAAAAAGUUAACUCUUGGGCGAAGAGCUUGGAUAGCCUUUUUGGUCAGUCCUGCAGCUACCGGAAUAGUCCUAUGAAUUGAAAGGUGUUUGGAGAUCCACAAGAUUCCUCCGACCUAUCUGGAAUUUCCUUACAGGACAGACAAAGGAUGCAGAAACCAACGUUAGCAAGUGAGGGAACUGGAAAAGGCCCCUCUGCUGUUGAGCCUGGCAGCUGUGGGAAGAUCUGGACCAAAACUGAGCAGAGGUUCCUGGAGGAGAAAACCAUCAUCCGUUCAGAGAUUCAGCCCUGCAACUUCAGAAACAUCCAAUAUGAGGAGAUUGACGGUCCCCGAGGACUUUGCAGCCGACUUCACAACUUUUAUAGUCAAUGGCUGAGACCAGAAAAGCACACCAAAGCACAGAUGUUGGACCUAGUAAUUCUGGAGCAGCUGCUGGCCCUUCUGCCCCCUCUGAUGGCAAACUGGUUGCGGGAGUGUGGAGCAGAGACCAGCUCCCAAGCGGUGGCCCUGGCGGAAGGCUUCCUCAUGAGUCAGGCAGAGGAGCAGAAGGAGCAAGUCGAAUUUCAGACCAGAGAUCCUAUGAGAAUUGGAAAUCCAUCAAAUUUUUCUCAGGAGCUGUUUUCCAGGAGGAUCUAUCAGGAAUCCACAAGUCAGGAUAUCUCAGAUGGGAAGAAUAGAACGAAUCUGACUCCUUUCCAUGGUGCUGCUGAAAGAGUGGUUGAAUCUCCAACUCAAGAGGAUGUUGUGUCCUUUAAGGAGGUGGCUGUGUAUUUCUCCGAGGAGGAGUGGUCUCAGCUGGAUGCUGACCAAAAAGCACUGCAUCGGGAAGUCAUGCUGGAAAAUCAUAGGAACGUGGCCUCUUUGGGUAAUAAUGGAGAGGAAAAUGAAGAUUCUGGAAAACUAUUCCAAGUGAUCAGUUGUGGAUACAAUACAAAGAACCCUACAAUUCUAAUGGAAGUAGAAAGCCAUGAGAGAAACGAGUCAAAUAAUUGGAAUCAGGAAAGUUCAUCUUCCAUUCAUGCACCAAUGAAAGCAUCUGUGGCCCAACAAGGAAAAAUAAAGAACAAAUAUAUUGGAAAAUGUAUAAAACCAUUCAAAGACAAAUUUGAUGUAAAUGAACACAAUCAAACCCAAACCAAAGGAGAAGAUUAUAUAUCUAGAGACAAUGGAAAAAAUUACAAAUGGACCUUGUCUUGUCCUCAUAAAAAUAGGUCCCGUACAUCUCAAAAAAGGAUCCAGGCAGAAGAGAAGCCCUAUAAGAGCAUGGACUGUGGAAAGAGCUUUAUUAAGAACCAUCAAUUUAUCUAUCAUAAAAGGAUCCACAAAGCAGAGAAAACAUAUAAAUGCAAGGAGUGUGGAAACAGCUUUACGAACAGUAGAGAACUUACUUCACAUAAAAGGAUCCACACAAGAGAGAAGUCCUACAAAUGCACAGAGUGUGGAAAGUGCUUGAGCUCACUCAAAAAUCUUUCUGUACAUGAAACGAUCCACACAGGGGAAAGGCCUUAUAAAUGCAUGGUGUGUGGAAAGACCUUUAUUCAUACGACUCAUCUUAGUUCACAUACAAGGACCCACACAGGAAAGAAGCCCUAUAAAUGCAUCGUGUGUGGAAAGAGCUUUACUCAGAGCAGCAAUCUUACUUCCCAUGAAAGGAUCCACACAGGAGAGAAGCCCUAUAAAUGCAUGGAGUGUGGAAAGAGCUUCACCUGUAGUACUUCUCUUACUUUGCAUUAUCGGAUCCAUACAGGUGAAAAGCCAUAUAAAUGUAUGGAGUGUGGAAAGAGCUUUACUCAUAGGAACAGUCUUGUUUGCCACAAAAGGAUCCACACAGGGGAGAAGCCCUAUAAAUGCCUAGAGUGUGGAAAGAGCUUCCCUAAGAGCACUGACCUUAUUUUCCAUAAAAGGAUCCACGCAGGGGAAAAGCCAUAUACAUGCCUGGAAUGUGGAAAGAGCUUUGUUAAGAACUCUCGACUUAUUUACCAUAGUAGAACACAUACAGGGGAGAAGCCAUAUAAAUGCAUGGAGUGUGGUAAGGCUUUUAUUACAAAUAGUUAUCUUAACUUCCACAAAAAAACACACACAGGGGAGAAGCCUUAUAAAUGCAUGGAAUGUGGAAAGAGUUUUUCUAGAAACAGUAUUCUUAACGUCCAUAAAAGGACCCACACAGGGGAGAAGCCCUAUAAAUGCAUGGAGUGCGGAAAGAGCUUCACUUAUAGUAACUCUCUUACUUUGCAUUACCGUAUACAUAAAGGGCAGAAACAUUAUAAAUGCAUGGAAUGUGGAAAGAGUUUUUCUACGAAUAGUUAUCUUAACAUCCAUAAAAGGACCCAUAAAGGGGAGAAACCUUAUAAAUGUAUGGUGUGUGGAAAAGGUUUUAUGAUGAACACUUCUGUUGAAUACCAUAAAAGAAUCCACACUGGGGAGAAGCCAUAUAAAUGCAUGCAGUGUGGAAAGAGCUUUAUUAAGAACUGCCAACUUAUUUACCAUAGUAGAAUGCAUACCGGGGAGAAGCCAUAUAAAUGCAUGGAAUGUGGAAAAUGCUUUUCUGUGUCUAGUAACCUUACCUGCCAUAAAAAGACUCACACAGGGGAGAAGCCUUAUAAAUGCAUUGAAUGUGGAAAGAGUUUUUCUACGAAGAAUUAUCUUAACACCCAUAAAAGGAUCCACACAGGGGAGAAGCCUUAUAAAUGCAUGGAGUGUGAAAAGACUUUUAUUCAGAGAACACAUCUUAAUUUACAUAAAAGGAUCCACACAGGAGAGAAGCCCUAUAAAUGCAUGGAGUGUGGAAAGAGCUUUCCUAAGAACAGUGACCUUAUUUUCCAUAAAAGGAUUCACACAGGGGAAAAGCCAUAUAAAUGCAUGGAGUGUGGAAAGAGCUUUAUUAGAAACGGUAAUCUUAACAUCCAUAAAAGGAUUCAUACUGGGGAGAAGCCAUAUAAAUGCAUGGAGUGUGAAAAAUGCUUUUCUGUCUCUAAUAACCUUACCUCCCAUAAAAAGAUUCACACGGGGGAGAAGCCUUAUAAAUGCAUAGAAUGUGGGAAAAGUUUUUCUACGAAGAGUUAUCUUAACAUCCAUAAAAGGAUCCACACAGGGGAGAAACCAUAUAAAUGCGAGAAGCCCUAUAAAUGCAUGGACUGUGGAAAGAGCUUCACUUCUAGUUCUUCUCUUACUUCCCACUUAAGGGUCCAUACAGGGGAGAAGCCUUAUAAAUGCAUGGACUGUGGAAAGAGCUUCACUUCUAGUUCGUCUCUUACUUCUCAUUACCGGAUCCAUACAGGGGAGAAGCCUUAUAAAUGUAUGGAAUGUGGAAAGAGUUUUUCUACCAACGGUUAUCUUACCACCCAUAAAAAGAUCCACACAGGGGAGAAGCCCUAUAAAUGCAUGGAGUGUGGAAUGAGCUUCACUUUUAGUUCUUCUCUUACUUCCCAUUACUGGAUUCAUACAAGGGAGAAGCCUUAUAAAUCUGUGGAAUGUGGAAAGAGUUUUUCUACCAAUGGUUAUCUUGCCAUCCAUAAAAAGAUCCACACGUGGGAGAAGCCUUAUAAAUGCAUGGAAUGUGGAAAGAGUUUUUCUACCAAGGGUAAUCUUACCAUCCAUAAAAAGAUCCACACAGGGGAGAAGCCUCAUAAAUGCAUGGAGUGUGGAAAGAGUUUUUCUACCAACUGUUAUCUUAACAUCCAUAAAAGGAUCCACACGGGGGAGAAGCCUUAUAAAUGCAUGGAAUGUGGAAAGAGCUUCGCUUCUAAUUAUUCUCUUACUUUGCAUUACCGGAGCCAUACAGGGGAGAAGCCUUAUAAAUGUGUGGAAUGUGGCAAGAGUUUUUCUACGAAGAGUUAUCUUAACAUCCAUAAAAAGAUCCACUCAGGGGAGAAGCCUUAUAAAUGCAUGGAAUGUGGAAAGAGUUUUUCUACGAACAGUUACCUUAACACGCAUAAAAGGACCCACACAAGGGAGAAGCCUUAUAAAUGCAUGGAAUGUGGAAUGAGCUUCACUUUUAAUAAUUCCCUCACUUUACAUUACCGGAUUCAUACAGGGGAGAAGCCUUAUAAAUGUGUGGAAUGUGGAAAGAGUUUUUCUACCAACGGUAAUCUUACCAUCCAUAAAAAGAUCCACACCGGGGAGAAGGCUUAUAAAUGCAUGGAAUGUGGAAAGAGUUUUGCUACAAACAGUUCUCUUUACACCCAUAAAAGGACCCACACAAGGGAGAAGCCCUAUAAAUGCAUGGAGUGUGGAAAAUGUUUUAUUUUGAACAGUUAUCUUAACUACCAUAAAAGGACCCACACAGUGACCCACGCAGGCGAGAAGCCCUAUAGAUGCAUGGAGUGUGGAAAGAGCUUUAUUUUUAGAAGUUAUCUUAGGUCACAUAGAAGGAUCCAUACAGGCGAGAAGCCUUAUGAAUGCAUGGAAUGUGGAAAGAGUUUUUCUACCAACGGUUAUCUUACCACCCAUAAAAAGAUCCACACAGGGGAGAAGCCCUAUAAAUGCAUGGACUGUGGAAAGAGCUUCACUUCUAGUUCUUCUCUUACUUCCCACUUAAGGGUCCAUACAGGGGAGAAGCCUUAUAAAUGCAUGGACUGUGGAAAGAGCUUCUCUUCUACUUCGAAUCUUACUUCUCAUUACCGGAGCCAUACAAGGGAGAAGCCUUAUAAAUGUAUGGAAUGUGGAAAGAGUUUUUCUACCAACGGUUAUCUUACCAUCCAUAAAAAGAUCCACAUAGGGGAGAAGCCCUAUAAAUGCAUGGAGUGUGGAAUGAGCUUCACUUUUAGUUCUUCUCUUACUUCCCAUUACCGAAUCCAUACAAGGGAGAAGCCUUAUAAAUGCAUGGAAUGUGGAAAGAGCUUCGCUUUUAAUUAUUCUCUUACUUUGCAUUACCGGAGCCAUACAGGGGAGAAGCCUUAUAAAUGUGUGGAAUGUGGAAAGAGCUUUGCUUCUAAUUAUUCUCUUACUUUGCAUUACCGGAGCCAUACAGGGGAGAAGCCUUAUAAAUGUGUGGAAUGUGGAAAGAGUUUUUCUACGAACAGUUCUCUUUACACCCAUAAAAAGAUCCACUCAGGGGAGAAGCUUUAUAAAUGUGUGGAAUGUGGAAAGAGUUUUUGUACCAACAGUAAUCUUACCACCCAUAAAAGAAUCCACACAAGGGAGAAGCCCUAUAAAUGCAUGGAAUGUGGAAAAUGUUUUAUUUUGAACAGUUAUCUUAACUACCAUAAAAGGACCCACACAGGUAAAAUGCCUUAUAAAUGCAUGGACUGUGGAAAGAACUUUAUUUUUAGAAGUCAUCUUAGGUCCCAUAGAAGGAUCCACACAGGAGAGAAGCCCUAUAAAUGCAUGGAGUGUGGAAAGAGCUUCACUUUUAGUACUUCUCUUACUUCGCAUUACUGGAUCCAUACAGGGGAGAAGCCAUAUAAAUGCAUGGAGUGUGGAAAGAGCUUUAUUACGAGCAGCAGUCUUACUUCCCAUAAAAGGAUCCACACAGGGGAGAAGCCAUAUAAAUGCAUGGAGUGUGGGGAAAACUUCACUAUGAACUAUCAUCUUACAUAUCAUAAGAGAAUCCACCACACAGGUGAGAAGCCCUGUACAUGCAUGGAGUGUGGAAAGACCUUUGCUCAUAGCAAUGGUCUUGUUUCCCAUAAAAGGAUCCACACAGGAGAGAAGCCCUAUAAAUGCAUGGAGUGUGGAAAGAGCUUCACUUUUAGUACUUCUCUUACUUUGCAUUACUGGAUCCAUACAGGGGAGAAGCCAUAUAAAUGCAUGGAGUGUGGAAAGAGCUUUACUAAGAGCAGCAGUCUUACUUCCCAUAAAAGGAUCCAUACAGGGGAGAAGCCAUAUAAAUGCAUGGAGUGUGGAAAGAGCUUUAUUACGAGCAGCAGUCUUACUUCCCAUAAAAGGAUCCAUACAGGGGAGAAGCCAUAUAAAUGCAUGGAGUGUGGGAAAAACUUCAAUAGGAACUAUCGUCUUACAUAUCAUAAGAGAAUCCAUCACACAGGUGAGAAGCCCUAUACAUGCAUGGAGUGUGGAAAGACCUUUGCUCAUAGCAAUGGUCUUGUUUCCCAUAAAAGGAUCCACACAGGAGAGAAGCCCUAUAAAUGCAUGGAGUGUGGAAAGAGCUUCGCAUUUAAUACUUCUCUUACUUCGCAUUAUCGGAUCCAUACAGGGGAGAAGCCAUAUAAAUGCAUGGAGUGUGAAAAGACCUUUACUACAAUCAGCAGUCUUACUUCCCAUAAAAGGAUCCACACAGGGGAGAAGCCCUAUAAAUGCAUGGAGUGUGGAAAGAGCUUUACUCAAAGAAACAGUCUUACUUCCCAUGAAAGGAUCCACACAAAGGAGAAGCCCUAUAAAUGCACUGAGUGUGGAAAGAGCUUCACUUUUAGUUCUUCUCUUACUUCCCACUUAAGGGUCCAUACAGGGGAAAAGCCAUAUAAAUGCACUGAGUGUGGAAAGAGCUUUGCUUGUAGUAAUUCUCUUACUUCGCAUAACCGGAUCCAUACAGGGGAAAAGCCAUAUAAAUGCACUGAGUGUGGAAAGAGCUUUGCUUGUAGUAAUUCUCUUACUUCGCAUAACCGGAUCCAUACAGGGGAGAAGUCAUAUAAAUGCACUGAGUGUGGAAAGAGCUUCGCUUGUAGUAAUUCUCUUACUUCGCAUAACCGGAUCCAUACAGGGGAGAAGCCAUAUAAAUGCAUGGAGUGUGAAAAGACCUUUACUACAAGCAGCAGUCUUACUUCCCAUAAAAGGAUCCACACAGGGGAGAAGCCCUAUAAAUGCAUGGAGUGUGGAAGGAGCUUUACUCACUUCAGAAGUCUUACUUGCCAUAAAAGUAUCCACAUAAAGGAGAAGCCAUAUAAAUGCAUGGAAUGUGGAAAGACGUUUACUCUGAGCCACAGUCUUACUUCCCAUAAAAGGAUCCACACAGGGGAGAAGCCCUAUAAAUGCAUGGAGUGUGGAAAGAGCUUCACUUUCAGUACUUCUCUUACUUCACAUUACCGGCUUCAUACAGGGGAGAAGCCAUAUAAAUGCAUGAAGUGUGGAAAGAGCUUCGCUCACAGUAAUUCUCUUACUUCCCAUUACUGGAUCCAUACAGGGGAGAAGCCAUAUAAGUGCACAGAGUGUGGAAAGAGCUUCAGUCGCAAUUCUUCUCUUACUGUUCACAAACGAAUCCACACAGGAGAGAAGCCCUAUAAAUGCAUGGAAUGUGGAAAAUGCUUUUCUCUCUCUACUAACCUUACCUCCCAUAAAAAGAUUCACACGGGGGAGAAGCCUUAUAAAUGUAUAGAAUGUGGAAAGAGUUUUUCUACGAAGAGUUAUCUUAGCAUCCAUAAAAGGAUCCACACAGGGGAGAAGCCGUAUAAAUGUAUGGUGUGUGGAAAAGGUUUUAUUAAAAACAGUUAUCUUAACUCCCAUAAAAGGAGUCACACAGUGUAG